CAGACAGAAAACAUCCAUCUUCAGUCACUGUCAGAGUUGGUGAUGAAGUCACUUUACCUUGCGGAAAUGUGAUACAUAACCAGCAUUACUGUGACAGUACGACCUGGAUCUUUAAAAACAAAACAGUACCACUGUUUGAACAUGGACAGAUUCACAGAGAAGCAGCAACUAAAUCAGACAGACUGAGUGUUACAGCGAACUGUUCUCUGGUUAUAAAGAAGGUCACAGACGAGGAUGCUGGUCUUUACACCUGCAGACAGUUUGUAUCAGGACGACAACAAGGACCAGAGUCUAUGGUUCUUCUGUCUGUUAACACAACUACAGACAGAAAACAUCCAUCUUCAGUCACUGUCAGAGUUGGUGAUGAAGUCACUUUACCUUGCGGAAAUGUGAUACAUAACCAGCAUUACUGUGACAGUACGACCUGGAUCUUUAAAAACAAAACAGUACCACUGUUUGAACAUGGACAGAUUCACAGAGAAGCAGCAACUAAAUCAGACAGACUGAGUGUUACAGCGAACUGUUCUCUGGUUAUAAAGAAGGUCACAGACGAGGAUGCUGGUCUUUACACCUGCAGACAGUUUGUAUCAGGACGACAACAAGGACCAGAGUCUAUGGUUCUUCUGUCUGUUAACACAACUACAGACAGAAAACAUCCAUCUUCAGUCACUGUCAGAGUUGGUGAUGAAGUCACUUUAUCUUGCGGAAAUGUGAUACAUAACCAGCAUUACUGUGACAGUACGACCUGGAUCUUUAAAAACAAAACAGUACCACUGUUUGAACAUGGACAGAUUCACAGAGAAGCAGCAACUAAAUCAGUCAGACUGAGUGUUACAGCGAACUGUUCUCUGGUUAUAAAGAAGGUCACAGUGGAGGAUGCUGGUCUUUACACCUGCAGACAGUUUGUAUCAGGACGACAACAAGGAUCAGACUCUUCAGUUUAUUUGUUUGUUCUCACCGAAAGGUCAUGGUUGUGGCUGUAUAUUACUGUGUCUGCGGGUUUAUCAACUCUCCUGGCAGCUGCUGUUGCAGUCAAAAUCUGGAUAAAAAUUAAAGGGAACAAAACACAGGUGGAAGACACAGAGAACGUAGAUGUCCAAAAUGAUGAUAAAGAACAUCCAGUGCAUGAAAGCUUUAAUAUUGAUCAACAUCCAGUGUAUGAAAGCUUUAAUAAUGAUCAACAUCCAGUGUAUGAAAGCUUUAAUAAUGAUCAACAUCCAGUGUAUGAAAGCUUUAAUAAUGAUCAACAUUCAGUGUACGGAAACCUUAUUAAUGAUCAACAUCCAGUGUAUGGAAACCUUAUUAAUGAUCAACAUCCAGUGUACGGAAACAUUGGAGAGCUUUCUGUCUUUGGCCGACCACCACAUGUGCCACCUGCUGAUGGAUUUAAUACAUUUUACGCCUGUUGAGAACAGAAUCAUCAUAUUCCUGAUGUCUUUGUGAUUUCUGGUCGCUAUGAAAAUGUGUUUGUGCCAUAAUAUUCAUGUUUUCAUCAAGUUUAAGUCUUGAUUUGUCCACAUGUCAAGAUGCAUUUCAUUUUCUUUUUAAAGUGAUUUCUGCACCAGCUCUGAUUUUAUUUUAAUUUUUUGUCUAUAGUGAUACCAGAACAGCUGGAUGUGAUUUUCAUGAAUUUUCUCUCAUUGUAACAGGGGCAUGUCAAGAGACGUUUUUAAUGGGGGGUUCAGGGUGGUGGUCAGAUUUUAGGGCUUGCCGCACCCCCUCAGGACACCUGAGUCUUUGCAUUGUAAUUUAUAUGUUUAAUGUGCUGAAACAAAUGUACUAUCUUGAAUCAUCUGAUGAUAAAAACAAAUGCAACAGUAAUAAUGAUAAAAGAACUUAUC